AUGGCAUUGUGCAGACGCCCUGAGGAAGAAAAAGAAGUGAGUCUGGCAGGGGUUGUCAGUCUGUCCCGAUUUUACCGGUCACCAUCCAAAAUGUCAAAGCUUGCGAGUCUGAAGGACAUGGCAGUUCUGGUCAGGGGAUCACCAUGGGUCAAGAACUGGGUCCCGCCCAAGAGGAUGCUCAUGGAGAAGGAUGUUUUCUGA